AUGUCCCAUGCAGUCCCCAGCCGCCGGUACAUUGACUGGCCCGCUAGCGGUGCGACAGCUCCUAGCACGCUUCGUACAAGUGCAUUGCAUGCCAUUGCGCUUGCUGCUGUUGCCAUUGUUCUAAAGCUUGCUGCUGGCUCACCUAAACUUAUACUGCCCACUCUUCUUGCCCAAGUUGCGCGCAACCUUCCAUCUAGGGGCGCCGCCGCCGCCGCCGCCGCCGCCGCCGCCGCCUGUCCUGAUCCUAAUCCUAAUUCUAAUCCUAAUCUUGAAACCUUACGGCUUUCUCCACACUGGCAAUUGCCACCCCAUGCUGUUAACGUGUACGUGUAA